AUGGGCUUCAGGGCUGGCGUGGAUGGCCCCAGGGAAGAAGCGCAACUGCGCAGAGUGGCGGCUUCCCCUUUACUUGGCUCGAAGAAGUGGUGGGACCCUCUCACAGUGAGAAGACUUAAUAGCAAUGAGCUACGGGAACUGGAUCUUUAUGACAAUCAGAUUAGGAAGACUGAGAACUCGGAGUCUGUGGUGGAACUUGAGAUCCUGGACAUCUCUUUUAACAUUCUCUUUAACAUUGAGGGACUAGAUCAGCUCACUCAGCUGAAAAAACUCUUCCUUGUCAACAACAAAAUCAGCAAAAUAGAGAAUCUGAGCAACUUGCAGAUGCUACAGAUGUUAGAGUUGGGAUCCAACCGAAUUCGGGCAAUUGAAAACAUCAACACCUUGGCCACUCUUGACAGCCUGUUCCUUGGGAAGAACAAAACCACCAAACUGCAGAACCUGGAUGCACUGACAAACCUGACUGUGCUCAGUGUGCAGAAUAACCGCCUGACCAAGAUUGAGGGGCUGCAGAGCUUGGUGAACCUGCAUGAGCUGUACCUCAGCCACAACGGCAUUGAAGUCAUUGAGGGACUGGAGAACAAUAACAAGCUCACAACGCUGGACAUUGCAUCCAACAGAAUCAAGAGGAUUGAGAACAUCAGUCACUUAACAGAGCUGCAGGAGUUCUGGAUGAAUGACAACCUGGUGGAGAGCUGGAGUGACCUUGAUGAACUGAAAGGAGCCAAAAACUUGGAAACUGUCUAUCUGGAGCGAAAUCCCUUGCAGAAGGAUCCCCAGUACCGGCGCAAAAUCAUGCUGGCCCUCCCCACUGUCUGGCAGAUUGAUGCCACCUUUGUUCGAUUCUAAACCUCCUGCUGUCCUCCUUCCUGCCCUCCUUGGAGAAAUGUCCCAGCUGGGAUUUUUAUCCACUUAACCACACAGCCCAAGUCUACAGUACACUGUCACAGAGCAGAUGGUCAAGAAAAAGCACUGAGUACCAGAUCUUGUGUACGAUGCACUCAUUGUUUUUGAGAUGUUGUUGUUAUUAUUAUUAAAUCUUAAUAUGGAGA